CGCCCGAUGACGUCUUAAUGCGCCUGAGAAGAGAACUCAGGAUUUUAUGGAGAUUAUAUGGAUACUCUGCUAGGCUACUGAAAACUAAACUUUUUAGAACAGCUGCAUCAAAUACAUCAUUUCCAGAAGUUUGGUUACUACUGGUACAGUAUUUUGAGAGAGUACCUGGAUUUUUUUGGGUAGUUCAGAGAAACAGUUUCUUUACAAUGCCUGAAAUUCUAGAAAAUAAAGCUGAUCUUGAACUGUAUUCACCUCAUCCUGAAGUACGUGGAAUGACAACACUUGACAGAGCAGCUUUCAAAAGGACAAUUGUUGUUCCAGUUCUAAAAGUGAAAAAAGAAGUAAUAAACAAAUUGUUAAAAUCCCUCAAACAUACAACACUGCAUCGCCCAGGUCUGAAGCGAGUGAUUGAUGAUCCAAAAGAUGAAGACAGACUUGUUUUGUUGGAUCCUCAUAAAAUAUCAGCAGAAUAUUCACUGGGAGAAUCUGAACAAGAAAUAUUAAAGCAGUUUAAUAUCGACCCUCAGGUGUCCAAGUAUAACUUGGAACUGACUUACGACAAUUUCAAGACUGAGGAAAUCUUACGAGCGGUGCUUCCUGUAGGUCAAGAUGUCACCUCUGGAUUUACUAGGAUUGGCCAUAUAGCUCACUUGAAUCUUAGAGAUCAUCAGCUACCCUACAAACAUCUGAUUGGUCAGGUUAUAAUUGACAAGAAUCCAGGAAUCACCUGUUCAGUAAAUAAAAUCAAUAUUAUUGACAACACUUAUCGAAAUUUUCAAAUGGAAGUGCUAGCUGGAGAGGCCAAUAUGAUAACAAAGACUAGAGAAAACAACAUCACCUAUGAAUUUGACUUUUCUAAAGUCUAUUGGAAUUCCCGUCUAAGCACAGAACAUGGCCGUAUCAUUGAACUUUUAAAGCCAGGUGAUGUUCUAUUUGAUGUCUUUGCCGGGGUUGGGCCUUUUGCCAUUCCAGCUGCAAAGAAAAAGUGCAGCGUAUUUGCAAAUGAUCUCAACCCUGAAUCCUACAAAUGGCUUCUACACAACUGUAAAUUAAAUAAAGUGGACAAAAACAUAAAAAAUUUCAAUAUGGAUGGUCGGGAUUUUCUUCUGGGGCCAGUUAAAGAAGAGCUAACCAAGGAACUGUCACUUCUGACAAAAGAAAGGAAAAACACUCUGCACAUAGUCAUGAAUUUGCCAGCUUUGGCUAUCGAAUUUCUAGAUGUUUUCAAACAUUUAUUAGACGGAAAGCCAUGCGGCACUGACCUCCUUCCCACAGUGCACUGUUACAGCUUCUCAAAACAUGAUAGUCCAGCCAAAGACAUUCAAGAAGGGGCUGAAGCUUUUCUGGGAACUUCUUUAGAGGGACGCUGUUCUACUCAUCUGGUGAGAAGUGUUGCACCAAAUAAGGAAAUGAUGUGCAUCAGUUUCCAGAUCCCAGCUGAAGUGCUGUUCAAGAAGCAGUGUACUCAUGAAGAGAGUCCUGUGGAACCAGCUUCUAAACGUUUGCGCCCAAAUGAAGACUCUCCUGAAGAAAAAUUGACUAGUUUAAAAUACUAGUUAAUACGAUUUUGGUUAUUUUGUGCAAGAGAGCUAGGUGGGAAAUCUACCCUCAAGUCACAAAGCAGAAUGGAUUUACCCCCAUAUGUCAAGAAAAUAGUCAUAAUGCAUAAAAUUUUUUUUUUUUUGGUGAGCACCUUGCUCCUGUGCGUUUUUUUUUUAAAUUCCAGGAUCAGUAACUAGACAGGAUCAUUUCUUUUAUUGCAGAGAAUAUUAAACUUUUUAUUUUCUCAUGUUAUGUGUUAGUUCUGUCAUAUGUAUGUUGUCCUGGGGGGCGGGGAGAAAAUGGCCAGGGAGGGUGUGAUAGCACAAAGAUUGUGAAGGUUUCCAGAUGUAGCUUUAUUUUGGGCAUUUGCAGUUUAUGGCAAGACAUUUUUAUUGUAAAUGUUUUAGAUUGGACAACAUGUCCCAUUCUAUUUUUGUAGAACUUUUAUAAGGAGAACUGUAGUUAUGUUAGGGAAGGCCAUCUGUAUUUAGAAUCCUAGAAUAUUAUGGUUGGAAGAGACCUCAGGAGGUCAUCUAGUCCAAUCCCCUGCUCAAAGCAGGACCAACACCAACUAAAUCAUCCCAGCCAGGGCUUUGUCAAGCUGGGCCUUAAAAACCUCUAAGGAUGGAGAUUCCACCACCUCCCAAGGUAACCCAUUCCAGUGUUUCACCACCCUCUUAGUGAAAUAGUGUUUCCAAAUAUCCAACUUAGAC